AUGGCGCCUCCACCUGGAACCUCUGGAGGUAGCGACACAUCUAAACGCCCUCAUGACGACACAGUCGAUCCUGCCGGCGCGCCCAUCAGCCUCAAAAAGGUUCCGCCUUACGAUCCGAGCCUUGAACCAGCCCCAAGAUCGGUGACAUCAAGCAAAGAGUGGCAAACUCUCGAGUCUGGCAAAACGCUCCUCUUCAAUCUCCUCGCGGGACCUUUCGAAAAUGCCAAAGACGAAUACUCCACAGAUCUUACCGUUGCUUUGGUAAACUUGGUCGAGGAAUGUCUCAUCACGGACAAGUCAGCCACGAUUAUGGCGUGUAUCAGCGGUCUCAUGGGCACGGGUAAGAGUGCUACCCUGAACUCUCUGUUCCAGUGUGGUCCCAUUGCGCGCUCUUCCGACGAAGGCGGCAGCUGCACGCUGGCCAGCAACCAGUUCCUUCGUGCGAAGAAAAACCAACAGGCGCCGUUUCUCGCCGAAGUUCUCUUCUUCAAAUCCCAGGUGCAGCGGGAGAUCUUGUCAAGCUAUCUCAAAGACUAUUACCGCGCAUUCCAUGGAUCGGAAGAAGAUGACAACGAGAGACCACGCUCAGGGGAAGACAAGGACGAUCUUGAAGCGGUUUCUGAUGAAGUCACUACGGCUUUGGUGUCUCUCUUUCGGGACCAGCCUAGCUGCCGAACCAAGGCUGACGUCCGCCACUUCCUCGACGGCGCGAAUGCAGAGGACGAUCCAGAAAUUCUCCGAAAACUCUUCGAUUGGUGCGACAACCUAAUCCGUCGCAAGGGCGGCCACAACUUCUCGUUAACGGUCACUGCUUCGACACCUGGCGAACUACUUUCGGGUUUGACAGAAUACAUCACCCAGCCUGACGCGGAAGAUGGCACCAUUGCACAGGCUCUCUGGCCUAUGGUUCGCUUGGUGAAGUACCACUUCGAUGAUCCUCUCACGAAACUUGGAAUGGUAUUCUUGGACACUCCCGGCUUGUCCGAUCUCAAUCGCACCCGCCGUCUUAGUGCUCUUGAGUACAAUCGCAAGAAAACCCACGCUAUGAUUGUGACGAACGCCGCUCGCGCCCGUGACGACCCCAACAUCGCUGGGCAAGUUCGCUUCAUGAACAGCCGUGGAGCAGACAGGACUGUCAUUGUUGUGACCAAGAACGACGACAUCGGCGACGCUACUACUCCGGCGGGUACCAAGAGGGAGAAGGACACCAUGAGGAGACUGAGAAACCACCAUUCGGAUAUGAUGGGAAAAGUUUCAGAGUUGGAGAACGAACUUGCCGAGUGCGACGAAGACGCGCAGCUACUGACCCAGCUGACUCAAGCCAAAUCAAACUACGAGGUACGUGCGAAACUGGCCGAGAAUGCGGAGAAAGCGCAUCGUAUCCACAUGCGCAGCGCUCAGACGCAGAGCAAGCUUCAGGAGAAGCUCGACACCGUCACCAACUCUACCGCCCCGAUUCCCGUGUUUUCCAUCUCCAACACAGUGUACAGCACGCAUCUGCAAGGUUUUCCUCCAAAGCGGACCCCGGUCCUGUCUGUCGAAGAGACGCAGAUCCCGGCACUGAGGAGAUGGCUUUUGACAGCUCCGAAUGAGGCCCGCCUUAACGAAGCGAGACAUAUGCAACAUGUCAGCAUAUCUUCGCUCCUCAGUCGCCUGCGACUCUACACUUCGAGGACCCCGAUCGAGCGAAAGUCAGACCUGGAUGUCCACAUCCAGGCGCCGUUGAGGCAAAUCCCUAAGAUCAUCAAGAGCAUAUUUGAGCAAUUCCAGCAAAGCAUCCUUGAGAUCGUGGUUCCGAACUCUUCAACCACAGACUUGAAUUGGCGCAAGAAGGCCGAGUCCCUCUGCUCCACCUGGGAGGAUAAAUUCAAGACGGGACCAUUCAUGACACUAAUGCAGCGCUCUGGGCACCGCAAAGCCCGCGGCGCAAACUGUGCCGUCGACAUGAGUGCCGGUCUAGUGUCUCUCGCAGCAGCUGAUAUUUCCAACUCCGUCACUCGCUCCACACACGUUCUCUCGAACUUCGAGAGUACUAUGGAGACUGAUAUCGAAGCUCUCUUCGGAGGCAUGGUGAAGGCACUGGGCCACGACGCCAACUCUUGCUUUGUGGAUCUGAAUCCUUUUAUGAACUUUCUUUACAGUGAAAAGGCACGGCUGGGUGCAUGCAUCCGAGCCACGGCAGACAGGCUGUUGGCAGGUAUCGAAGACGCGCGCCGCAAAGCUACUUUCGCGGAGGAUGACGCCUAUAUCGUGGUUGCAAUGCUCCCAGUCUACGAGACAAUCAGCACGAUGAAGAACGUUAAGGUCCCCAAAGGCACGCCGAAAGAGCCUGGACCCAAGGGAGGCUGGCCCUUGUACCGUAAAUCAGUCUUCAAGAAGGAAGUCACGAGCGUCAACGGUGUCUGGGCCGCGCUCACUAGAGGUAUGACGGCAGACCUCGAAGCUCUGGUGGACAAGGAGACGCAGCGUCUCACACAAGAGAUCGGAGAUGUGUUCGAGGAUUUCCACGCGAGCUUCGAUAUGAUGUGCGAGUCCAAGCAUGUGGACAAUYCAAUCGAGGCGAAGCUUCAAAAGGAGCUCAUGGAGAACAUCGAGAAAGCGGAGGAGCAUCUGAGUGGUCCGAUGCAGCAGGCCUACAAUGUCCUGUGGAAGGACUUCCAUUGA